AUGCAGCCAGUGCAGGCGAAUCCGCAGCUCGCUGGGUUGCCGCAGCGAGACGUCCUAGUGCUGGCGGAGAAGCUGCAGCUAAUCACAUACGACGGCUUCAUGCACUGCGCCCGGCAGUGCAUCACCCACUACGGCGAGGACUCCAUUCCCUACCACCCAGGCGAGAAGGCGUGCCUGGACCGCUGCGUCAGCAAGGUGCACAACGGACUUGAGCUCUCUCGUCAACUCAAGAGGGAGUUCGAGGAAAAAGUGAAGAAAGGCGAAAUGCCGUAUAAGUGGAUGAGAGACAUGACAUCCGCAAUGACAUAA